CCUCAACAAAUGGACACCUUUCCCUCCUAUUCUCUCAUCAUUCUUUUCAUACCAAUCAGCCUCUUCACACAAACCUCAUCCACAAACACAACAACAGAUCAAGAAGCAUUGCUUAAUUUCAAAAAUGCCAUCAAACUCAAUAACCCUAAUUCAACCUUCCUCACAAACUGGUCCCCAAACACCCCUCUUUGCAACUGGACCGGCGUCUCGUGCAGCGCCACGCACCACCGAGUCACGGCCCUCAACCUCUCCAGCCUCGCCCUCCGGGGAAGCCUCACCCCCCAUCUCGGAAACCUAACGUUCCUCCAGUCUCUCGACGUCAGCUCCAACAAUUUCACUGGCGCCUUACCCCCCGAGCUCUCUAAACUGCGACGUUUAAAGGUGUUAAACGUCGGAAGCAACGACCUCGCCGGAGAAAUACCGCCGGCGAUCGGAGGGUUAUCUCAACUCCGGCAAAUACUUCUCAGUAACAACAGAUUCUCGGGGAGAAUCCCGCGUAUCUUCAACAACAUGUCGUUGCUCGUAGAGAUUGAUAUGAGUGUUAAUGAACUGUCGGGAGCGUUGCCGGAUGAUAUCUGCGGCGGUGAUGCGGCGGAGCUCCGGCGAGUCGAUUUCUCGGAAAAUCGACUUAGUGGGGAAAUUCCGGCGAGAUUGUACAAUUGUACGAAGCUGGAGAGGCUGAGCUUGUCGGAGAACGGAUUCAGUGGGAAGAUUCCGGUAGGAAUCGAAAAUCUGAAAAUGCUAAGGAUUUUGUUUAUGUAUUCAAACUUUCUUCAAGGAGAUCUUCCAUCCUCUAUUUUCAAUAUUUCUUCUCUUGAAUCCGUGGAUCUUUCCAACAAUAGUUUGUCUGGUAGUAUCCCAGUUUUCUACAACUCAACCAAUCUUGAAGAGCUCUAUCUUACCACGAACAACUUCACAGGUUCCAUACCAAAGCAAGUUGGGAACCUAACUUCCAUAACAACAAUAGAUUUGGCUUACAAUAAGUUGACAGGUGAGCUGCCAGAAGAGUUUGGUAAGCUAGCAAAGCUAAAGGUUUUUGCAGUUCCUUUCAAUGAUUUCUUGAAUGGUAGCAUCCCUCCUUCCAUUUUCAACAUCUCAUCACUAGAGAUCUUAGCCCUUCAACAGAAUCUAUUCUCCGGCACACUUCCUCCGGACAUGGGGCGCUCGCUUCUCAAACUCCAAAUGCUUUUCUUAUAUUUCAACAGACUUACCGGCCAAAUCCCAACCUCCAUCGCCAAUGCUUCUCAGCUCACUAUUAUAGAAUUGAACAGAAACUCAUUCACUGGUUCCAUCCCCGACUUUGGGAAUCUAAGACAGCUGCAAGCCCUUCGCCUCUGGGAAAAUAAUUUGACAGGAGCUAAAUCUCCUAAUCAAGAGCUCACAUUUCUGACUUCUUUAACUAACUGUCGACAUUUAACUGCGUUACAAAUACUAGACAAUCCUUACAUGAAUGGUGUUCUUCCAGCUUCAGUUGGGAAUCUUUCUACUUCUCUUGUCACGUUUGCAGCUGCUAACUGCAGUAUCAGAGGUGUCAUUCCUCCCGGGAUCGGAAACUUAACCAGUUUACAGACUUUGGAUUUGUCUAAAAAUGAACUCAUUGGAUUCAUUCCGGAAACAGUGGGGAAACUGAAUGAAGUCGCGAAGUUGUACCUCGAUUCUAACCAGUUGCAAGGAUACAUCCCGCGCGAUAUUUGUCGAAUGAGUAGUUUGGGAAAUUUGUAUUUGAGUAAUAACAUGCUUACCAGUCCAAUACCAGAAUGCUUGGGAGAAAUCGGAUCGUUGAGACUAGUCUCGUUGGCCUCAAACAAGCUGAAUUCCACACUUCCUUCUAACAUGUUCAAUCUUAAGGAUCUCAUAGAGUUAGACUUGUCUUCAAACAAUUUGAGUGGUCAUAUUUCAGACCAGAUCAAAAAUUUGGAGGCUAUUAGUAAAAUUGACUUGUCUGGUAACAUGUUUUCCGGGCACAUUCCAAGCACAAUCAGUGGUUGUCGCUCACUUGAGUCCCUUAAUUUAUCUAGUAACACGUUUAAUGGAUCCAUCCCUCGAUCUAUUGGAGAUAUGAGAGGCUUGAUCGAGUUGAAUCUUUCGAAAAAUCAUCUCUCUGGCUCGAUACCUGAUUCGCUGACAAAGCUCGGUCUCAAACGUUUCAGUGUGUCCGACAACAGACUGGAAGGGGAGAUUCCGGACAAGGGUUCGUUUGAGAACUUCAGUGCUGAUUCUUUUCUAAACAACUCUGCUCUCUGCGGUGUGGCACGGUUCCAAGUGUCGCCUUGUGGGAAACCGGCAUCAAAGAGUGUUUGGGAUGUGAUGAAAUACAUUGUUCCUGCUUUUAUUGUAACUAUGGUCAUUGUGGCUGUGGUAAUUGUCUUUAUAUGGCGGCGGAAACAGAAGAAUCCGCCGCCUUCUGGUGAGGUCCUGACAGUGGGUGUUGGAUGGAAGAUAGUUUCUGAGAGGGAGAUCAAGAGUGGGACAAGCUCCUUCAGUGAGACGAAUUUGCUUGGGAGAGGAGGCAUGGGGUCGGUGUUCAAAGCGACCAUUGCGGAUGGAAUGGAAGUUGCAGUGAAAGUGUUCAACUUGCAGAUGGAAGGAGCUGCCAAGAGUUUUGAGACUGAGAGCCAGAUACUGAGCAGCAUUCGACAUAGAAACUUAGUGAAGAUUCUUGGUUGUUGUAGUAACCCCGAGUUCAAAGCGUUGAUUCUUGCGUACAUGCCAAAUGGAAGCUUGGAGAAAUGGUUGCAUUCGGAUAAGUUUCUUGAUUUGAUGCAGAGGGUGAACAUAGCCAUAGAUGUGGCGUUGGCGUUGGAAUAUCUUCAUCAUGAUCAUACAUACACAGUUGUUCAUUGUGAUAUAAAGCCGAACAAUGUGUUGCUCGAUGAAGAUAUGACUGCUCAUGUUGGUGAUUUUGGCAUUUCGAAGCUUUUUGAGAAUGGCGAGGUUGCAGUUCACACUAUUAACAUGGCAACUGUUGGUUAUGCGGCACCAGAGUUUGGAUCAGAAGGAAGGAUUUCCACGAGCGGGGAUGUGUACGGUUAUGGGAUAUUGUUGUUGGAGAUGUUUACAAGUAAAAGGCCGACAGACGAUAUGUUCAAAGGCGAAAUGAGCAUAAAGGUGUGGGUGGAAAAUGCAUUGAAAGAAAAUGCAAUAGGCCCAAUUGUGGCUCCUUGUUUGGUAUCUAGAGAAGAUUCAAAAUUUUCUACGAAGUUGGAAUGUGUGAACUCUGUUUUUGAUUUGGCAAUGAAAUGUUUGGCCUAUUCACCAGAGGAAAGAGUCAACAUGAUGCAAGUGGUGGCUGCUUUACAAAAGAUCAAAGCCAGAAUUCCAGUAAGCAAUAAGCUUUACAACUAAUGGAUUUGAAUUUUUUGUCUUUUUUAGCCACUUAGCAAAGUGAAGAGAAGGGAUAAAUGUUCAGUGAAUUUGUUGAUGAGUGCUGUAAGUAGUUUGAUGCAUUAAAAAGAUAAAAUGUAUUUGAAGCUUGUGAAAAUUUUCACUAUAUCAAAACAUUUAUUACUA